AUGUCUGCAACUCUUAUACAUCAACUCCGAAGCAAGCGUCUCGGGAAUUUUCCACAUCUUCUUUUUGAAUCUCUUCUCUCGCUCUCCCCUUUUAUAGUAGGGAACAUCUUCACGAGGGAGGAUCUGGUCGAUGGUAUUGUUGUUCAUCUUCUUCUCCGUUCAAUUCAUAAACAGCUUGGGGUGAAGAUGGCAGAAAGAUCGUUGAGGCAGAGUGAGUCGUCGCGGGGUGUGACGUUCACGAGGCGGACGUCUUCUGGGCGGUACGUGAACCUCUCCCGGGACAGCAUGGAUAGCGACAUAAGCGGAGGGGCGGAGUUGAGUGAGUAUACCGUCCACAUACCCCCGACACCCGACAACCAGCCGAUGGUGGUGGACCACUCGAUCUCCCAGCGGGUGGAGGAGCAGUAUGUGUCGAGUUCCCUCUUCACGGGAGGCUAUAACAGCGUCACCCGGGCCCACCUCAUGGAUAAGGUAAUGGAGUCGGAGGCCAGCCACCCCCAGAUGGCCGGCGUGAAGGGCUCGUCGUGCGCCGUCCAGGGCUGCGAUGGCAAGGAGGACGAAAAGAGUGACGGGUCCUCCGGCCAGCCCCCUGAGAUCCUGGGCAAGCCGUGGAGGCCGCUCACCCGCAAGAUGAAGAUUCCCGCCGCGGUGCUCAGCCCUUAUAGGCUCUUAAUCUUAGUCCGUAUGGCUGUUCUCGGACUAUUUCUGGCAUGGAGAGUUAGUCACCCGAAUGAGGAUGCCAGAUGGUUGUGGUUCAUGUCAGUUAUAUGUGAAAUCUGGUUUGCCUUCUCUUGGUUGCUCGACCAGCUCCCCAAAUUAUGCCCAAUCAACCGCGCAACCGAUCUCAAUGUGCUGAAAGAUAAGUUCGAAACGCCAAGCCCGGCUAAUCCCACAGGGAAAUCCGAUCUCCCGGGGGUAGACAUAUUCGUCUCCACUGCUGACCCUGAAAAGGAACCCCCAUUAGUGACUGCAAACACUAUUCUCUCUAUUCUUGCUUCCGACUACCCAGUCGAGAAGCUCUCGUGCUACGUCUCGGAUGAUGGGGGCGCCCUCCUGACAUUUGAGGCCAUGGCUGAGGCUGCAAGUUUCGCCAACCUUUGGGUCCCGUUCUGCCGGAAACAUGAUAUCGAGCCUAGAAAUCCGGAAUCUUACUUCAGCCUUAAGAAGGACCCUUUCAAGAAUAAGGUGCGUCAGGAUUUUGUCAAGGACCGUAGGCGGGUCAAACGUGAGUAUGAUGAGUUCAAGGUUCGGAUCAACAGUCUUCCUGACUCAAUCCGUCGACGGUCGGAUGCGUAUAAUGCUCGGGAAGAGAUCAAGGCCAUGAAGCUUCGCAGGCAGACUAUUGUUGAGGAUGAGGCACUGGAGCCUCUGAAGGUGUCUAAAGCAACUUGGAUGGCAGACGGGACCCACUGGCCUGGCACUUGGAUGGUUUCUGGCCCCGAACACUCUAAGGGAGACCAUGCAGGUAUUAUACAGGUGAUGUUGAAACCCCCAAGCGAUGAGCCUCUGCAAGGUACCCUUGAAAGCAGCCCACUGGAUUUCACAGAGGUCGACAUUCGGCUGCCGAUGCUAGUGUACGUAUCUCGUGAGAAGCGGCCCGGUUACGACCACAACAAGAAGGCCGGGGCCAUGAAUGCCCUCGUGCGGGCCUCGGCUAUCAUGUCUAACGGGCCCUUCAUCCUCAAUCUUGACUGCGACCACUACAUCUACAACUCGCAAGCCAUACGCGAGGGCAUGUGCUUCAUGAUGGACCGUGGCGGGGACCGCAUCUGCUAUGUCCAGUUCCCCCAGCGCUUUGAGGGUAUCGACCCCUCGGAUCGCUAUGCCAACCACAACACUGUCUUCUUUGAUGUCAACAUGCGGGCUCUUGAUGGGCUCCAGGGCCCUGUUUAUGUUGGCACUGGCUGCCUCUUCCGCCGGACUGCUUUGUAUGGUUUUGAUCCGCCCCGCUCCAAAGACCACCGGGUUUGCUGCAGCCUCUUUGCUCGCCGUCGGCCCCACAACUCUGCCCCCGAGGAGCACCGAGCUCUCCGCAUGGACGACGAAGAGGGGGCCAUGAACCCCUCCCUUUUCUCCAAGAGGUUCGGCAACUCGAGCUUCCUGAUCGACUCGAUCCCCGUGGCCGAAUUCCAGGGCCGCCCGCUUGCGGAUCACCCAGCCGUGAAGAACGGACGGCCUCCCGGUGCACUCACAAUCCCCCGGGAGCUCCUCGAUGCAUCCACGGUAGCCGAGGCCAUAAGCGUGAUUUCGUGCUGGUACGAGGAUAAAACUGAGUGGGGCAACCGCGUGGGAUGGAUCUACGGGUCGGUGACGGAGGACGUGGUGACGGGCUACCGGAUGCACAACCGCGGCUGGCGCUCCAUAUACUGCGUCACCAAGAGGGACGCCUUCCGGGGCACGGCCCCAAUCAACUUGACGGACCGACUUCACCAGGUGCUGCGCUGGGCUACGGGCUCCGUCGAGAUCUUCUUCUCCCGCAACAAUGCCCUCCUCGCAUCUCCCCGCAUGAAGUUUCUCCAGAGGGUCGCCUACCUCAACGUCGGCAUCUACCCCUUCACUUCCUUGUUCCUCAUUGUCUACUGCUUCCUCCCGGCCCUCUCCCUCUUUUCCGGCCAGUUCAUAGUCCAGACCUUGAACGUCACCUUCCUCACCUACCUCCUCAUUAUCACGCUAACGCUCUGCGCCCUGGCCGUGCUCGAGAUCAAGUGGUCAGGCAUAAACCUGGAGGAGUGGUGGAGGAACGAGCAGUUCUGGCUGAUUGGAGGCACGAGCGCUCACCUCGCGGCCGUUUUGCAAGGCCUACUCAAAGUGGUUGCUGGGAUCGAGAUUUCCUUCACCCUCACAUCCAAGUCGGCCGGCGAUGACGUGGACGACGACUUUGCUGAUCUCUACAUACUCAAGUGGACAUCCCUUAUGAUUCCACCCAUCACCAUCAUGCUCACUAAUUUGAUAGCGAUAGCCGUGGGGGUUAGCCGCACCAUAUACAGCACGAUACCCCAGUGGAGUCGCUUGCUGGGCGGCGUCUUCUUUAGCUUCUGGGUGUUGGCCCAUCUAUACCCCUUCGCCAAGGGCCUGAUGGGGAGACGAGGGAGAACCCCCACCAUUGUCUUUGUCUGGUCUGGCCUCAUUGCCAUUACUAUAUCGCUCUUGUGGGUUGCUAUUUCACCCCCAUCCGGCAAUACCCAAAUCGGGGGUUCCUUCCAGUUCCCGUGA